GUACACGCAUGCGCAGUCGGCCGGUUGUAACUCGAAGUGUUCAAUAAUCUGGGAAGCUGUUGGCUCUGGACAUCUCACAGCAAAAUCAGCUCAAACUACAGAGUGCAGUUUUAUAGAGGAAUUUUAUUCGUUCACAGGGUUUCACUGACGAGCAGCGAUGAGCUUCUUCGGUUUUGGACAAAGUGCGGAGAUCGAUAUAAUCCUGAAUGACGCUGAGACGAGAAAGAAAGCUGAGCAUAAGAGCGAAGACGGCAGGAAGGACAAGUAUUUUCUGUUCUAUGACGGAGAGACGGUCUCUGGAAAAGUCAACGUGACAUUAAAGUACCCGGGGAAGAGGCUGGAGCACAACGGCAUCAAGAUCGAGUUUAUUGGGCAGAUAGGUGAGCGGCUGACAGGCCUGAAGUGGGAUAGGAGGUGUUGUGAAGCUCGAUAAAUCCAGUCAGCGUACUCAUGACCUCUCACAAUGUGUGUUUUAUUAACUUAACCUUCAUUUGUAACAACUGAACAUUUUAUAUGUUCACUACAGACCGCUGAGUGACGUAACAAGUGUCAGUUAGAAGUGUCAGGUCUCGUGACAGAUGUGGGUGCAAGCUAACGUCACGUGACACAGCAGCCGUUGGCUAACUUGUUCCCUGACCUUUCACACCUGUUUUUCUUCCCUUUUGAAUUUUAAUUUCUCAGUAAGUUUGUUAAUAUGACUUUAAUGAUAAACAACAGAUGAAAGUAUAAAGUUCACUUGUCAGAUAAGUUAUAGUGGCGGCAAGUUAAACCAAGUUAAAGUUAGCAAACUGAGUGCAGAGGAGUUUGCGCACUCGGGCAGUUUGAGGGGCAGGGGCGGAAAAAAGGGCAACAGGGGGUAUUGCCAGAGGGGCAGAAGGGCACAGAAGUUGCUUUCUGUUGUUUUAUUAGUCCACUUUGUUAUGUGAUAGGAACAAAACUUGUAGGCAUUGCAUCUUUUCACAGAGAAACCAAUGUAGUGUAAACAGGACUGUGACACAAGCUACAGCUGAUUUGCAGUCCGUGUCCUUAAUCAGGCUUUUGGAGGCAGAUGGCACAAAACAGAUUCAGGAACUAACAAUUAUAGUAGGCACAAACAAGCAUUCACACAGAUGCAGAAAAACUAACAGUAAAGCAGAUCUAGAUCAAUCACUUGUGCUAAAAAACUACCAAUUAAAGGUGUAAAAUGGGGAUGUUGAAGCACUUCCUCUCCAAACUCUCCCACCACUGAGUUACUGGUGGCUGUCGAGGACUAAAAGACGUGAUAAAAAUGGCACCAUCUUUGUCACAACAGACACGAGUAAUUCGACCAUUUUAAAGGAUGAGGUGGUGGGAUAUUUAGUUAUUUUAUCUGAAUAUGUAGCAGUCACUAAUUUCUGAGAUAUCGAUUAUGAGUGUCAUGGGUUUGAAAAGAUAUGCUGAGGUUAGCUAAGUAAUGUUAAGCAAAGCCAACAUUUAUUAUCUUUAUUACAACAGUAUGUCAGGGCCACAUCAACAAUAUUUUUUUUCUGUCAUUUUCAUAUGAAAAUGAAGUUGUAUUAAAAUCAUUUUUAUAAGAAUAAAGAUAAGGGUAUAGUAUGACAAAAAAAGCCAUAAGUAAAGAACAUCCUCGUGUUGUGAGAAUAAAGUAGUGAUAACGUGGUAGUUUUGGUUCACGGUGAGCAGCCAGCUGUCUGUAUCCAAACAAGGAACAUGGAGCGUUGGGUUAAAGUGUCUCUAAUGUUUUGUCUCCUUAGUUCCACAAUGUUUUAAGUAUCAGGACUCUGAAAAGACUGAGCAGAAAGCUAAAUCGUGCGAUAUCAUCCUUCAAAACAGCAUUAUGAGGCAACUUGGUCAGCUCUGAGUAUUGUGGAGAGUUAAAGGACAAUGAGUUGAGUUUCUUCUAGAGUAAAGAAAUAAAUGAUGAGCCCCAACAUCUCCUCAUAGUUAACUCUAAUCUUUCUGUGAGAACAUAAACAGGAUCCAUUAAAGCAGCUCUAAUUGAGAUCAUUCAGCUUCAUUUGUCUGUAAACUAAUGUCACUUUGAGAGAAUAAACCUAAGCUUACCUGUCCAGCAAAACUGACAACUUCAACGUUGUUCUUCAAACAAUAGUGUAUCAUUAGAAUUUUCCAUCUGUGAAAGGCACCACAAAUGUUAACCACUUAUUUUCUGCUGUCUCUUGUCCUGAUCUCAUUUUACUUCAUGUUUUUGAUUUUCAGACUAAAACUCUGAUUCCCCCAGACUAAUGCUCCACCAGUGAUUCAUGUUCAGUUUGAUUCUCCAUUUGUGAAGUUUUUAAAAUGAAAAAUUUAGUAAUCAGUACAAAUUCAUUUGGGCACUGCAACAACUACAAAAAAGGAUUUUUUUUUCAGGACCCAAAGCAGGUUGGGUUCCCGUCAGUUAGUCUGUUCUGAGCUACCGUAAAAAAACACAGCGAUGUAACAUGGCAGCCUCCAUAAGAAGACCCGCUGCUUCUACAGUAGAAGACUUUUUCAAAGUCAUCAGAAAUAAAAUGAUUAUAAUACUUAAUUCAAUAUAACCUAAUCAAACAUACAUCAGCCUUUUACAUUUUAUUUAUUUGAAAAAAUACUGCUUAAUACUACAUAAUGCACCUUAAAUGUAUAUAUAAACAAGUAACAACAGUUUUAGAUUCAGUGUUCAUCAACGAAAAAUCUAAAUAAUGUGGUCUAGUGUAGUCAGUAAAUGUGGUCAUUAUAUAUUAGUGAUUACUAUUUUCUGUAUUCAAACUAAUUAAAUCAAUCAAUCAGGAAUUGAUGUCAAGGUUAUGCUGGUUUUUAAAUCUUUGUUUAACUCUGUAAACACUUACUUGUGUAAUAUCUGGACAGUUAAGGAUAAAAUGAGGUUUGUACACAGCGCUGUUAACUGUAAGAGCAAAAAGAAAGAUCAUAUGUCAAAAAGCCAACUGAGGUUGCUAUAGUAGCUGUUUGAGUCUGUAUCAACAUGCAGUCGGAGAAGUUUAUGAAAAUGAGAAAUAAGCAUGGAGGCAGAAAAGAUUAUUGGGCACCUGUUGCAGAUUGUGUCCCUGCCAUGGGUGAGGCUGCUUGCACAUUAUCACUUUCAGCUGUUGAAAAACUGUAAUCGAUCAACCACUUAUCCUCACUGCUCUGCCUCUCUUUGGUGUUCAGUAAUCAUAAGGUAGUUUCUCAGACUUGGGAUCAAAGUCCAGUUGUUCUUUUUGGUUAGGAAGGCUACCUACUGAGUGAAACGACCCAGAAAUGUUUACCAUGAUAAGGGUUGCUUGAAUUCACCAAAUUCUACUGGUUAUACUGUGGGUCUCAUGAACAACUAAAAAUCUAUAUUGUCUCUGGAAAACCAGUUUAUGUCGACCCCUUCUUCACUGGACUAAACAACUUAAUCAAGCUUCUGAUCCGUGCAGAUGCAUUUGAAAAGAAAGGAGUGUGAGCAUAUUCACUACGUCAAAUAUUUUACAUCCUUUGAUAAAUUAUCAGCUUUGCUGAACUUUCGCUUAAUCAUUCAUUCAAUCAAUCAAAGAGUAUUUCUGAAUUAUAUUCAUGUUACAUAAAUGAGUGCAGUUAAAGUUAAAUCAAUAUUCACUGUAACUUUUCUUUCUCAGAAAAUUUCCUGAUCCCUCUCGUUUUAGCGAGUAUUAAUGCAACAAUUCAGUUACUGUGACACAAAUUACACAACACAAAGCUAAACAGACGUGACAAAUGUAGACAGUGUAAAUAUGCAGCUUGUGAUAAAAACAGAUUGUAAGGUAAGAAUGAGCUUUGUGAGAAAUGAUUUUUUCACAAUAUUCUACUUUAUUGAGAUGUGUUGUUUGUGCGCUUUUAGGGUACAGGUUGUUAUAGCAGAUUAAAACCUCAAUCAGAGGGAUUUCUUUGGUAGACUUUGCUCUGAAAACAUAUCAUAAUCAUAAUCAUAAUAUUGCCUUUUAAUGUAAGAUUUAGUGUAUCUGAAUGUAUAAAAAGGUCUUUUUUAAGAUGAGUUUGCAGCAACAGCAGAGAGUUCCUGUUAUUUUGGGUGUAACAUCCUUGACUAACAAAAUUAUUUAACAUUUUCUCAGCUCCCAUCCCUUCCCCUUUUUUCUGAGCACUAUACUUUUAAAUAGAAGCAAGAAGUAGAGGAAGAAAAGGUACUUUGUACUGGGGAAAGCAGCAGCCUCAUCAGUAGCCUCAUUUCAAAGAAACUUGAGUUUCAUUUGUGGUACUCACAUCAAACAUGAAGCUUCAGAGGAUAAAUAAAGAAGUUCCUGUUUGAAGAUGAUUAACUUUCUCUUUUUGUGAGAUCAGAUCUUGACUUUCAUCCUCAUUUCAUUUCAGCCAUGAACUCUUUAAAAGUUGACUAAAACUGCUCCACUGUGGCAGAUUGACUGGCUCUUUAAAUGUGUUUUUUCAGAGCUGUACUAUGACAGAGGAAACCACCACGAGUUUGUGUCUCUGGUCAAAGACUUGGCUCGACCUGGAGAGCUCACACAGUCGCAGACAUACGACUUUGAGUUCACACAUGUGGAGAAACCCUACGAGUCAUACACGGGACAAAACGUCAAGUUACGGUAAGCUCUGCUGUGUGCUGAGUCAUGUUUUAAUGUCUGGUAGAGUGCUUCAGCUUGCAGCCUCAGCAUGGGCUUUAAUGGCUGCAGUCUGUCAGGGAAGUAUAUUUUUACAAAGAUGUUUUUUUUUUUUUUUUUUUUUUUUCAGAAUAAAGGUCAUGUAUUUUUGUGACUGGAGCAAAAUGUUAAAACAUAUUUUCACAAGCUGACCUGGGCCUAAAUUCCUAUGAUGAAUUUAAUCUCAGGAAUUUCAUCACUGUAUUUGUGAAAAAUGUCAGUAUAACCGAAAGAACAAAAACAGAAAGAGGGUGGGUGGGUGACAUAAACGCUGUUUUUCCUUUCAGCCAGGAAAUAUGAAUGACUCUGCUAACACAAACAUGCCAUUCUGCUUCUGUGGAAUUUCAGUGUACCAAUCCGGACAUUAAUAAGGUUUAGUCAGGUAACAGCAUAACGUAAGCUUUGAUUUUAUUUGUGUUACCUUGUCAUGUCUCGACACGCUGUAAGUAGCCAACAUUGUGUAACUUUGUCAACUCUAGUUUGAGCAAAAUACAAGAGAAUAAGCAAUCCUUACAUGUCAGAAAUAUCAGAGCAUCAGCUUUGAUUACCCGCAGCCAGAGCUAAUAAGCACAGAAUGCAUUUCUGCUAGAAACAUUUCCUGAGUGAGGUGACAGUGCCAGAGCUGGAAAUGAUUGGCCAGUUACCUUGUCAAAGAUGACACUUGGAUUGAAGCUAUUUGGAUCGUGUUUAGCAGGUUGCUAGUAGCUUUGUAUUUCAGCGUAGAACAGACCGACAUAUAUGUCCUCUUAAAGCUCCUGUGAGUUUUUUAAACAUUUAUCAAAUAUGCUGAUAUUCAUGUUGAUCCAAAUAAUAUGCAAGAUUGUAACAUUUAUUUAUUUAUUCAUGUUUUAUAAUAGAAGUCAAGUUAAUUGAGAUGAGAGGAGAUAGCCUUUCUUGUUGGGAGUAACCCAAACUAAUGUUUGCUAUAUUUGGUCACUCUAACAGUAGUCUGUGCCGUAGUUUGGCCCUCAGGCCCAAAAAAAGUCAGACUAUCCCAAUGACAGGCGACACAACAUGGCUAUGGCUGCCUCACAAAUCAAUGCAGUAAAAAUCACACUUGAGCUGUUUGAAGACACCUUUUGUGUUAAACAUAUUCAGUUUAACCACAUGCUUGUUAUUAGAUUCAUAUACAAAGUUUGAUUAGUCAUGAUAUUGUGCAUGUAAAUAUUUUCAUAAGUGGAUUGGGAACCUUUCAGGCAACUCAGCAAUAUGUGAAUAAAUAUCAUUAAAAUGAGCUUCAGCGUUAUCAGCUGCUAGAAAAAAGUGAUGAGCAUACAAAUCUACCAAAAUUUCAUAAAAACCCAAUAAACGUACUGAAACAGGCCUUUGUGUAUGGUUAUUUAAUUCUUCUUCCUAGGUGGGAGUUGGUGCUGACCUCUAUCUGUACUGUAUUUUGUAACUUGUCACAUUUUUGCGUCUUUGUAUUAUUUUAUAUUAAAUAUAUCAUAUUAAAAUAAGAAAGUAAAGUAAAUCAUCAUAGGUAAGGUGAAUUAUUUCUAACCCUAACCGUAAUAGCAGAGCUUUUUUAUGUUUUAUAUUAAUUGUUUCUCCCAGUUACUUCCUGAGGGCAACAGUGAGCCGGAGACUGAAUGACAUCAGCAAAGAGCUGGACAUCGUGGUUCACACGCUCAGCACCUACCCCGAACUCAACUCCUCCAUCAAGAUGGAAGUGGGCAUCGAGGACUGUCUACACAUAGAGUUUGAGUACAACAAAUCCAAGUAGGUUUAUCUUUUUGUUCUUGAUCAGAAAUGAACUCAUUAAUUUCCCUUUUAAAAAAAGCUAAAAGAUGAAGAAAAAGAGUGCUGUUUUGUUACAGAUUUUACUGUCUGUUUCAGGUAUCACCUAAAAGAUGUCAUAGUUGGUAAGAUUUACUUCCUGCUGGUGAGGAUUAAGAUCAGACACAUGGAGAUUGACAUCAUAAAGAGAGAGACGACAGGCACAGGACCGAACGUCUACCAUGAGAACGACACCAUAGCAAAGUAUGAGAUCAUGGAUGGAGCACCUGUCAGAGGUAAUGAGGAAGAGGAGGCUGUUUGCUGUCUUCGCUGGGUAAUGAGUUGUGUGUCUCUUUUGUAUCUAAUCUGUCUGUGAUUGGCUAUUCUGCAGGAGAGUCCAUUCCCAUCAGGUUGUUUCUGGCUGGUUAUGAGAUGACGCCCACUAUGAGGGACAUCAACAAGAAGUUUUCAGUGCGGUACUACCUCAACUUGGUCCUCAUCGACGAGGAAGAGAGACGCUACUUCAAACAGCAGGUACAACCACUGCACAUGGCUUCAUGUUGGUCUAAAAGUUACCUUCGAUCGAACUGUUAGCUUUGCACAGUCUAUGAUCCAGCUGUUGGAGGUUCAUAAAGUUCUCUCAAUGCUCAGGUGUUAAGCAGUUUGGCCAGGUCAGACUGUUAGUGGGGGAAAUUCAAACACAAAAAGGGUUGACAACAAACCUGACUAUUUUGGCUUGUAAUGCCCAUCCCUGCUGCGGGCAUAUCAAAGUAAUCAAGGGCAUUUCACUUGCUCCCCUGAAAUUCAGGUAAUUAUUCAAAAGGAAAUAAGCAGGAGAUGGUCCUCAAAGAUGUAAUGGUUGCUGUGCCACCUUGUUGAAGAAAUGACCCUGAUGUCAACAGAGUUCGAGCAUUUCAGCAUUUGCGUCAGGCUUCAAAUUAUCAACAGAACUAGCCCUGUGGCAGACAGCUUUGUGUCAGUUGAACUUGAUUUGGGUAUUUUAACAAAGCUUUCAUGAAGUUCCUUUAUCCAGCAGCUUGAGUAUACAGAUUUAACUGAAGAUGAUCAGGAUUUGAUCAGGAUAGUAUCAGAAAUACACAAACAUGGCGACACAAACCCUCCAGCCAGCAUCGCCGAUUUUUUGUGAUGAAGGCCAUUUGUGUCAUUUUUAUGUAUGAAACAUAAGCUUUUAGCUAAAUUUACUGUAUAUAUUUCAUUGUGUUGGGUGCAAAUCACUUGAGUUGAGGCGUUUUCUUCAAGAAAUUUGCCACAUUUCAUAAUCUGAAUUCACUUAUGCGUAUACUAAGGCACCAAUAACUGUUUCAGAUGUUAGGUAGAUGUAUUUGUGACAUUUGAGAAAGAUUUUGUCUCGCCAGAAUCAACAUAGCAGUUUCUACAAGCAAAAACAGCAGCACCAUAUAAUUGCUUUUUGUGUUUCUCACAUAAGUACAUUUCUGGCAGGUGACAAAAGUUGGACAGAUAGUCUGAGUAGAUAUUUUAACCCAAAGUCCAGAAUGGAAUUGUCUAUGCAAAAAUACAUUGAACAAGUAGCACCAGCGUAGUUGAACGAAAUUCACUUUCUAGGCACUUUUUCCUUUGUCCCAAUUCAGCCUACAGUAUAAUGAUUUCUUAUGAUUUGCAAAAGCAAACAAAUCCAUCAACCACAAGAUUGAUGAUGUUUGUAAAGAAAUUUAAAUGCCUGAAACUGCGGCAAGGGGUUAACUGUGAGCUGAGUAGUUGAAGAAACAGCCCUGUUUUCACAAUUUCCAUGUAAAAUAUUCUCAAUAAAUUAUACAUUAGAAUCAGUAGGAUGAGAUCCUUUUCUAAGGAAGGCACUAAAGGACAAGAAAAGCAAAGACUGCUUUGUCCACAGGGGUCAACAAAAUUGACACAAACCAAAACUGAAGAGAGUGAUUCUGACUUCCAGAUGAUUGGAGGGAGCUCCAGAGGAACAGGAAUCGCAAAGGCUCUGUCUACAACACAUUCUGUUUAAGUGGAAAACUGAUAUGAUAGAGGCAAGGUGACAUGAAUGAGCAACUGCUGGGCCAUCAGACAGCCUCUCAGGCAGGUAAACUUGAUAGGCGUGAUAGGGGUGCGAUCUCCCCCAUCCCUCCAAAAAUGUGCUCUGUUAUGUUUCAGGAGAUUACCCUGUGGAGGAAAGGAGACGUCAUGAGGAAGAGUAUGUCUCAUCAAGCAGCCAUCGCCUCUCAGCGCUUUGAGGCCCCCUACAAUCCUGAGAAGCCCCCCAACCAGAACAGCGAAGAUGACAGCUAAACCCCUGCCCACUCUUCAGCUUUGUGUAGUGAGUGUGCGAGUGAAACAUGGCGCAGAAAUAUCAGCGAGCUCUGAAUGUGAAGGUUAUUUGUUUGCAUGAAGACAGAAUGAGCUGCAGUGUUUUGAAGGACGGGAGUGUGUGUGUGUGUGUGUGUGUGUGUGUGUGUGUGUGUGUGUGUGUGUGUGUUUGUGUGUGUGUGUGUGUGUGUGUGUGUGUGUGUGUGUGUGUGUGUGUGUGUGCUAAGGGAACAAACAGUCAGACCAAGCUCAGACUGAAGUCAACCAAGUGUUUGUUUUACCUACCUUGAAGUACCAGCUGGGUGGAGUUUACCACAUCAGGACUCUUUGUCACAAAGAGACUGCACGACAUAGACUUAAAGUGCUUAGCUUGAGUCUCUGGCAUUUAUUGUACAGUUCAUCGUGGCAAACUCCACCCGUUAGAUGCACUUGAAUAUCAUUGGAGAAUGAUCUUUGACCAAUAUGACCAUGAAUUCACACUUGUGUAUGAAUGUGCAUUGUGGCUAAGGAAACUUUUCUCUCUCACUUCUUUCUUGCCAGGUAGAUGUUAAAGCUGCAGCCGUGAAUUAAGUUUCUUUAAAAAGCAUUUAACGAAAGAUUUUAUUCAUAAACUGUGUAUGAGAAGUCCCUCAGGGUGUAAACUUGAGUUCCAAAGCUUUUGAGUUUGACUCAGCUCAAACUGUGGUGUUCAAUGGCUAUUAGCUGAAUUCUUGAAUACAAGAACAAGGAUAUCAUUUCACUGCACAGUGAGGGAUCAGUUUCAUUUCUGCUUCAGAAACACUGGUGCAAGCAACAUGACGCUAGAGCACCUGCCUUUCAAUCAUUGCUACUUGGACUAAAAAGUAUUUACUGUACUGCUUUCAUGCACCAUAUGGACACCAUUUGAUGACACCCACCAGAAAUUUUAAGGUAGAAUGUCUUCUUAUAUGUUACUCUGAAAUCAGAACACCUAUCAAAGAUAUCAAAAUGAUAGCUGAUAAUUGUUUGUUUUUAUCAUCUCUUUUGCAAGACAUAAACACAAGUGAGAAUCAGAUCUUGAAGCACUUAAAAAAGGGAAAAAUUGAAUGAUGCAAACUGCAAAUAAUUUUCUCACUUUUAGAAAAAAAAGUUCCAGUGUGGCUUAUGUGAUCACUGCAGCACCACCCCCUUGUGCCCCCAGAGGCUAAAUGUAAGCUGCCCAGUCGGAAUGAUAAAGAGGUUGGCUGUUGUCACAGGAUGCUUUUCCUCUGACUAUCAUCGUGACAUUUGUUUCAAAGCAGUUCAUAUCACUGAAUCAGACAACUUCAAUAAUCACUUAUGCAAACUUAAAUUGCAGCGCAGUGUUCCUCUCUUCCUAAUAAUUACACAGAGGAUCAAUGAUGUCCCUUCAACAUGCCAGCUAUGACUCAGUCUGUGGGAACAAAAGAGCAAAUCUUACUAGAAUGAAAAGGAAGUUUAAACCCAGGAAGUUUAAUACAACUUUCAAUCACAAAUCAAUCAAAAACAAAUAUUGUAUUUCCUUCUACACAGUGAAUUUCCAAUACACACUGUUGUAUAAAUAUCAUGUUCAUUAAAUCAAUGAAUGAUUUGAAUCUUAAACACCCCCAACUUUCUGGAGAGAAGACCCCUUGAAAAUAUUAAUGUACACUACAGGCCAAAAGUUUGGAAGCAAGGCCAUGACAGGCUGAACAGUUGGGAGUAACUUCAAGUUUUUCUUCACAGUGUUUUUUUUUAAAUCCAGCAUGAGUUUUCUGUAUUUUGGGAUGUAUUUACUCCAUGAUCAGAUGUUGCUUUCAUGGAAAUGCACCAUUUUACUCCAUUUACCUUUAGAUAUACAGUACAUUGAUGUUAACAGAUCAUUGCUAAAUAUAUAUCAGCAAAAGAAAAUAAGGGCUUACUUUUAGGGUCAAAAACAUUUGAAAGAGUCACAACUUCAGUGCAAAAGCAAAAAAAAAAAAUCACAAAUGGAUUAUUCACUUGAACUUUUCGGCUUUUGAGAGUCUGCAUACAAAAAUCCUAAUAAAUCUCAACUGCGUUCAAACUACCGCAAAAAUGGCUAGAAAGAAGCAACUGAGUAAAGAAACAAAAAGUACGGAUUCAUACAUUGAGAAAGAAGGGUACACAGAAAGAGAAAUUGCAAAACACCUAAAGGUGUUUAACAAAGGAGUCCACUACACUCUGAAGAGACUAGAGGAAUCUGGAAGUUAUGAUGAUAGAAAAAGACCUGGACGAAAGAGAAUUACUACAAAAGCAGAGGAUAAACAUAGCAUUGUCACCAGUAAGAGAGAUCGGCGAAAGACAGCAACACAAAUAAGGGAAAAAAUCAACAUAUCUCUGACAACUGUGAAAGACAUUUGAGAAAGGCUGGUCUGAAGGGUUGUGUAUCUGCAAAAAAAACACUACUUUGUCCACAGAACAAGAAAAAGAGAUAUGAGUGGGAAAAAGUUCACAAAAACUGGACUUAUGAUGACUAGAAACAAGUUCUCUGGACCGAUGAAAGCAAGUUUGAACUGUUUGGUUCAAAACGCAGAGUCUAUGUCCGCAGACAAACUGGUGAACGUCUGAAAGCACCAUGUGUUACACCCACAAUUCAGCAUGGAGGUGGUAGUUCCAUGGUAUGGGGAUGUUUUGCAGGUGAUGGAGUGGGAGAUUUUUUUGAUGUAAAGGGUAUCAUGAAGAAGGAACAGUACUACUCCAUCCUCCAGCACCAUGCUGUUCCAUCUGGACUAAGACUUGUGGCUCAUAAGUUUGUUUUGCAGCAAGACAAUGACCCUAAGCACUCUGCCAAGCUUUGUCAGGGUUACCUAGACAAAAAAGAUGAGGAAGGUGUUCUUCAAAAGAUGGUUUGGCCCCCUCAGUCUCUGGACCUUUCUCCAAUUGAGCUUGGGUGGGAUGAAUUGGAUUGAUCGGUCAGAAAAACACGUCCCACGAAUCAGCAGUAUCUUUUUAAUGAACUUGAGAAAGCUUGGAAUGCAAUCCCUGGAACACACCUUAAAAAACUUGUGGAACGAAUGCCUGGUAUCUGCCAAGCUGUUGUUAAAGCCAGAGGAAGUUACUUUAGAGAAAGCAAAGUCUAAGCAACAAUAACUCAAAUACCUAAUAAUUAAAAUGAAAAUGUCUUCUAAUAAGUUACUCUUUACACAAUAGUCAUGUUUAUUGUGUUGCAAAUUAUAUAUGUGAAGCUAUGAUCUUUUUUUGUACAAAUCUGAUCUUGCUUCCAAACUUUUGGCCUGUAGUGUAUUUAUAAAAACAUAUAUAUGUAUAAAAUGUGAGGAUAGAUUAUGUAUGAUCCUGGCUUGUAAUUAUGGUAGUCCAGUCAAUCAUUUGCUAAUAAAUCAUACAGAGAAGUUGAAAUCGUUCAAGUAUUUUUCUGCUCUAAAUUCAGUGCUUAGUGUCCCAUUUCUCAUAAAGCUUCGUCAACAUGGCUGUAGGUAGGAGUGACUUUCGGUGAAAACGGGCCACACACGAACAUGGUAAAGAUACAGAACUUCAUUUUGUGUUCAUUUGGGUCAGGCUGACAGCUGAGUUUAUACAACUAAUAGAGUCAUCCCUUUAAAAGCUGGUUUAAGGUACUUCUGCAGCUCUGGCCUCACUUGUCAGACUUCUAGCAGGUCCACUUCUCAUACACAGUCAAAGAUUUCACUCUACUUUUCUGUUUGCCUCCUUACAUGAAUUCACAUUGCUAUUAACUUUGCCGUCAAACGCUUCUUAGAAACAGCUUUUUCAUCUGGUUUGGUUUAAAAAUGUGCUCUUAUAAUCAGCUGAGUUACAUAUAGGAAAUUCACAGAAGUAUGAGAACUUCAACAUGCUCUAAUUUAAAAAACUUUGACAUAUUUGAUGAAGUGAUUCUUUAGAUAUUUUCAUACAUUCCGUCAGAGUCAAGCAUGAGUGUAGAGACUUUAUUUUUGAAAAAAAUUCUAUUUUUAACCAGCAUUCUCAUCUGUGAUGCACCGGUUGGUUUUAGAGUUGCCGCUGCUGCUAAAACAAAUGUGGCAUGUUCAAGCGCUGUGGGAUUUUCCUCCAUCAGAGAUAGUUUGAAGCCCUGCUUUCUUAUUUGCACUAUGAUCUGACUCUGCUUUUUCUGCUCUCAGUGCUGGACUCACAGCAGGUUCAGGGGAGGAACAACUACCAUAAUAUUUAUAUCUACAACAGACAGUAUUAAACCUUGGUUGUUUAGUGACAUAGAGGACACAGACUCUUCUCAUUUCUCCAUACUGUGACACCCUGUCCUCUCUAUCCUCAUUUCUCUUGAGGUUUAUGAGAUGUUGAUCUCAGCCUGCAUACAAGUCUGUGAUUGUAUAUUUAGGGGCAGGCAGAGAAGAAAGCUAAAACUUUGUGGAAAACCUAGGAGUGAGGACACACAGGUGAAUCCAUUUCAGGCAUCUUUUCUCUCAUUUUUCCAACCAAGUUUUGUGAUUGGACAAGAGGUAUUCCAGUGGUGCUGAUACAAAGAACAACUCAAAGACUGCAGAGAUCAUCACCAUAGUGACACAAAGUGACAUCACCCAUUGGUUUCUGAAGAUUCCAGUGGUGGUCCAGCUUCCAGAUUUUUUUCUCUGUUGAGAAUAAUCAAACCUCAUUAACAUGAUUUAGUGACAAAAAGUAAACCUGGAUCUAUUUUUGCUUCAGUUAGCUAACAUUAGACCUCAUUUACCAAACAAGGAUAAAUUAGCCUUUUUGUAUAAAUAUGGUUAUAUUUUCAGAUGCAUUCUGUACAAAAAACACAAAAGAUUUUGACAUUUUCAUUAUUAUUUUAAAUUUUUUAAUAAACUCACACCACUGUUGUUUUUUACACAGUGAUGGUUUCUCUGCUCUGGCUGCUCUGUUAGUCCCCCUUAAACUCUCCCCUGCUGUGAGACAUCUGUGGAGUCUUUCUAAUGACAGGAACUCGGUGUCAGUGAAGAGGACAAUAGGGAAGAAGUUAUUCUUACAGUGGGUGAAAAAGAGAACAAUCAGAGAGAUGAGGAGGAGAUGAGGGUGGAGCUAAAAGGAUGGCCUCUGUACUGAUGGUCUUUGGUAGUGUGCAGGGGUGAAUACUUAGGUGUGUUCACACUGAUUUUUUAAGAAGUGGGCCCCUUCACCUGGUUGGAUUGCAUCUCCAAAUGCAAUUACAUUAAUCUGCACUGAUCACUCAUGAUAGGACCUCAGUAUACACAGAACACAUAGAAAUAGACACAUAGCUUGCUUAUAUCUCAUUAGCCACCAACAAAGAUGAUAAAUGUCUGUGACGCAGAUGGGUGUUAUAGAUUAGAUCAUGCAGUCAGGAGCAGUCACCUUUCUGACUGUCUUCAUUUUGGUCCACAUUGAUAUUGUCCUCUUUCCUUAUACUGCGCUGCUACUACUGUUAUUUUUUUAAAAGCUUAAAAGACGUCACACAUGGACAUUUUAUGAGAAAUGAACAGAGCUGCCAGACUGCAGCAACUAUCUUACAUCACAGUAACAAUGUUAAAUUAACAAAACAUACAAAUCUUUUUUGUGUUUUUGUACUGCUUACACCUAAAUUGAAGUUAAUCCAAUAGGGUCAAACAUGAAAGGUGUUCUUAAAAACACUACACAGAUUUAUGGACCUGUGCUUAAAGGGAUAUUCCAGCAUUUUUGAGGUGAGGUUAUAAAAGUUACGGGUCAGUGGUAAGCGUAUUAGCCAUGGUGGAUGUCGGUCAGCCUGCCCCCUUAUUGAGGAACUGUUCGGACAACCAGCACGCAAGCUACAGUUUUCCAGGUCAUGUUUACCUCUGAAUUCAAAUUUGAAGAGAUCAUGACCAAAGUGCUUGUCAAGGUUUAGGUGUUCGCCCCACAGAGAAAUUUAUCUGCAUAUUCUUUUGUCCUCAGAAUGCCUGUUUGUUUCAACACUAUUUGCAGAAGCAACACGCAAACAUGCUCUUCUGCAUGCAGCCCACUGAUCAGCUGUUUGGUCUGCAGCCUUCAAAGAGACUCGGAUACAGCCAAACUAAAGCAAUAGUGAUUCUGACUGCAGUGAAUACUGGAUGUUGUAAUAUCCCUUUGAACUGCAGAGCUGUUAACACCUGUGCUUUAAAAAAAUAAAUAAAUGCUGUGUUGAUGAAGUCUGCAGCUUGUACCAGUUGUUCUAAACUAGCACUUUAACACCCCUUAAUGCCCCUAAGCCCUCUCUUUGUGACAUGUUGAAGAGUUGUUACCUUCAUGCACAUAUGUAUGUAAUACAUACAUGGAAUUUAUCAUUUUGCAGUAUAGAAAUGUUUUUUUCCCCAAAACCAAGUUGAGUCUGUUAACAUAAUGUAAUCAUUUGAAAAGAGUUCCAGUAGGUUUAAGGAAAAUUUCCCCUCUAAGAGUAGUUGUUCUCCUCUUCACCUCCCCCACUCAUAUCUCAGGAGGAAAGAAAAGAGUCAAAGAUGCAUAAAAAGAGAAAUGAGAAGAGUAGUAAAGUUCUGCCUCUUGACGGCUGCUGUAACUGACUGCCCUGUUUGGUUAGUUAGAUUUGUGCCUAAAGGAUUUAUUGCCAAAAUGUGUCAAUACUGAGAGAGUUAUUGCCACCCUUACAUCUAGUUUAGACUGUGCUCGCCACUUUGUCCACUGCGGUCACUUUUAAUGAACUAAAUCAUGAGCUGAAGUGUUGAUGUUACUGUUAAAAAAAAAUCUGAAUGUAAAACAGUCUGCCCUGCCCUAAUGUUAACUGGUAUUAAAACCCAGAAACCUCUGUUUAAUAUUAAAACAAGAUUAAUCAAGAUUUUAACGUUUCUACUAAUACAAAAUGGAUACUGAGUGCCAUUACUUCUGUUAAUUUCCUUCCUUUUUUAAAUAUCUGUUCCCUCCAUCCUAAGGAAGAGCACUCUUGCGAGUUAAAAAUGUGUACAGCACUGAUCUGAAGCCUCUUCUCUUUACUCACUCUAGCUGCAACUUCUUUGCUUGACAAGCUAACUUGGUGCAACUUUGCAAACUUGAUCACUGUGCACUUUUUUAUUUGGUUUUCCUGGCAGUGUGUGAGCUCAGUUAAUAUGCUGUUCAAAACAUGUCCUCUGUUUCCAGACUGCUAUUCAGGUAACUGCUGAAAUGAAAAACACUGCUUCCAAAACAAGAAACUGAGUUUUUAAUUCCUGUUUUCCUGCAUUACAGAGGAACUAUAAAUAGUUUAGCACAUUAAUUCAGGCUUAAUGUGUCAAGCUUUUGGAUUAUUUUCUUAAAAUACCAUUUCCUCUCUGUCCUUCCUAAUUUUCCUCAGAUGCUUUACUGCUGUAUCAUUUAUGCAUGGCCAAACUGCACAUCUAUUUUAUCUCCAGUUAAGUACAGUUUUUCUUAAAUGGAUUUUCCUCCAGCUUUGUUUGAUCAACCCUCAGAAUUAGACCUCAAUACCAGACAUAUUAAACAUCUACAAUAUUGUCCAAUAUUACAUUAACUAGCUUUUAAAAGUGAAUUCAUCUCCCACCAAAUGCAGCCACAGCUCAAGUAUAUAUUCUGCUUUUUUCAUGUAACUCCACAGGAAAUAGACAAAACCCUACUUUACCUCUGUAAUCUGUCUUAACUCCGUUGUACAGUUUUUCUCCAGUCUCUACUUACUUCAAAAUUUAGCCUGCACAAUUUUCUUGUUAAAAUCAGUGUCCUUUGUUGCAGCAGUUACCUUGAUUGAUUCAAUAAGGCUUCACAAAAAUCUGAUUAAAGACAAAAGUACCACUCAAAGACACCCGAAUAACCUUGGAGAGCAUAUUGUUUAUCAUUUUUAUGUUCUGUUAUUUGUUUGUGAUUAAAUUUUUCAGUCCUGGUACACACAGUAGCUAAACUAACAAAGAUUGUAGGCUUAUAGAGCGUAAAAUGAGCUGGUAGUUGGAAAGAAUAAUGAUAUGUACAGUGUAAAUGCACAAUGUAAAUGCUCCUUCUUUCAUUUAUGUUAAUGUCAUUUUAAUUUCCUGUCUAUAAAUGCUGAUUUUAAUCAUUUUAUAUUCCUGUUUUAUUUUGAAUUAAAAGGGAGUAACUGAACAGCA